GAGAGCCUUGGGCCCAGGCCUGGCCUCAGUGUGGCUGAGGACUCAGAUCCUCCGAGAGCGAGAGCAAGGAGCUGCUAAAGGACCGAGGGUCUGGCCCGCUGAAGGGCUGCCCCCUUCCGCCCCGGCCAUCAUUUCCUUGGAGACUGCGUCCUGUUCCCCUGGCCAGCAUGGUCUUGUUCAUCAAUAACGCCAAUUGCCAGAUAGCAGGCUUCGCUCUGCUCACCAUCGGAUGGAUCCUCUGCACCACUUCCAUGGGCCUUGACGAGUGGCGUGUGUGGUACAUGGAAAAGCCCCUGGUCGCCCCCUCUGGCGUGGCCUGUGUGGGCCUGUGGAAAGUCUGUAUUCAGCACCAUAACAGAAAGUUCAACAGACCCACACAUUGCUACUAUUACUCCCACCGCGACGCCUUCCUCCCGCUGUCCAUUCGUGUCACCCAGAGCCUCAUGCUGGCCGCCUGCAUCAUGGGGCUCAUGGGAAAAGCCUUGAUCAUAUUUGCGCUCAGGAACGUGUACAUGGGGCCUCCUCAUAAGAAUGCCGCCUGCCACCAGUUCAUGGCUUCGGGAAUUCUGAGCAUGGUGGCCAGCGUGUGUACCUCGAUCACUGUGCUCUGGAAUUACUACUCCAUCAUGAAGGAAGAAGGGGUGGCCUUCCCGCCCCUGCUCCAUUUGCCCUUCAAGCCAGACAUUCAGGAUAUUGGCAGUGCCAUCUUCGUGGCAGCUCUGGCUGCCUUCCUCCUGCUGCUGAGCAGCCUGUCUUUCCUCUCCUACAAAUCCCCCUUGGUCAGCCAAGUGCACCCUCAGGGUUCAGACAUAUAAGAACUCUAUUUACUUUGGCCUUCCAAGUCCAACUUUCCCAGAAGCUAGAAAGUAUUACCAGUAUGUUCUAUCAAAUACUUCCAAGAACUCAAGACCAUGGCAAAUGUUGUUUUGGACAGUAGUCAACUGCUUCCUUCUGCCAUCUUAUCUCUCUGAAAUUGACUUCUUUGUGGGCUAGUUGGACUAAGGAACUUUCAAUGACUUGCCCAUCUGCCAGUCGGUCUGGAUUUUAAUUACCAUUGAAUAAAUAAUAUG